AUGGUGGACUCAUCAUCAGAUGGUUCAAUUUCCACACGAACAAUCGAUGGAGCACUGGAAUUGUUGGAAAGAAUGGCUACCACUUCAGCCAUGUGGUCCUCUGAGCGGGUGAUUCAGAAGAAGCCUUCGGGUGUCUAUGAGGUAGAUGCAUAUUCAGCCAUAUCUGCGAAGAUUGACUCGUUGUUUCACAAGUAUAUGGAAGCCAACAACCAGUUUAUGCGAAGGACAGAAGCAACUCUUCAAGACCAAAGUGCAGCGAUCAAGAAUUUGGAGACACAAAUGGGACAGAUGGCAAUCUCUAUGACGGGUAGAGCACCAAGAAAUCUACCCAGCAACACUGAAAUCAAUCCCAAAGAGCAAGCUAAGGCUAUUACAACUCGAAGUGGAGUGCAAUUACCGGAAAUCCAUGUCAAGAAAUCAGGUGUGACUGUAGAGACAUCCUCCCCUGCUGAAGAUGAGACUGCUGUAAAGGAAUCAACUCCAGGGGAAAAUUCAGAAAAAUCACAGGAUAAGGCCAAGGUUACAGUCAACCCAUACGAGACUCCAAUUCCCUUUCCACAGCGGUUGAAGAAGCAUAAAAUGGAGCAGCAGUAUAAGAAAUUUCUAGAAGUCUUCAAAAAGUUCCAUAUCAACAUCCCACUAGCCGAUGCACUAUUACAAAUGCCCAGCUAUGCAAAAUUUCUAAAAGACAUAUUAUCAAAUAAACGCAAGCUGGAGGAUCAUGAAACAAGACUAGGAUUAGAAGAGCCUAAAGCAACUACAGUAACUCUACAGUUGGCUGAUCGAUCACUUACACAUCCACGAGGGAUUAUUGAAGAUGUAUUGGUCAAAGUGGAUAAACUUAUAUUCCCAGCUGACUUCUUAAUACUGGACAUGGAAGAAGACAAGGACGUGCCUAUCAUAUUGGGACGACCAUUUUUGGCUACUGCAAGAACGCUUAUAGACGUACACAUGUGGUAA